CAGCUGUUGUUGACGCUGUCAAAUUCAGUUCGCUUUCUGAACUCCUCGUGUUAGUGUGGUGUGUAGGUUUUUAGUAUAAUUUUUUUGUACCGUUUGACCUAAUAAAAUAGAAAACUAUGGCAAAUCUUCGUCAAACCCCCUUAACCUGUAGCGGCCACACUCGUCCCGUCGUCCAUCUCGACUUCAGUUCGGUGACAAAAUACGGCUAUUUCCUAAUUUCGGCAUGCAAAGACGGCAAACCCAUGCUAAGGCAAGGGGACACCGGCGACUGGAUCGGCACCUUCGAGGGCCACAAGGGGGCGGUUUGGGGCGUCGCGCUCAACAAGGACGCCACCAAGGCCGCCAGCGGCGCCGCCGACUUCACCGGCAAGGUCUGGGACGCCAACUCCGGCGAGGAACUGCACUCCUUCCAGCAUAAACACAUCGUCAAAAGCGUCAACUUUUCCAAAGACAGUGCCUUAUUGGCGACGGGGAGCAACGAAAAAAUUGUCCGAAUUUUCGAUCUGAAUAAACCCGAAGCGAAACCCGAGGAGUUUACGGGGCACACUUCCGGGAUAAGACACGUGAUCUUUUUCAGGAAUGACACGCAUCUUGUCUCGUGUGCGGACGAUAAGACUUUGAGGGUUUGGGACCGGAGUUCCGGAAAGGAAGUCCAGAAAAUGGACUUCCCGUCGAUUCCGAACAGCCUUGAGGUGUCCAGAGACGGCACCGUGCUCACAGUAACCCACUCAAAUCACGUCACAUUCCUCGACUCCGAAUCUCUAAACAAAAUUAGAGAAUUUUCCGUUCCUACGACAGUCAAUUCGGCUUCGCUACACCCCGACAAAACGAUUUUCGUCGCCGGUGGCGAUGAUUUGAAAGUCUACAAAUUCGAUUACACAACUGGAAAUGAAAUCGAAUCGUUCAAGGGCCACUUUGGCCCCGUCCAUUGUGUCAAAUUCUCGCCCGACGGUGAAUUGUACGCUUCCGGGUCAGAAGACGGCACUUUAAGACUUUGGCAAACCACAAUUGGCAAGACUUAUGGACUUUGGAAAUGCGUUGACGGGCCCCAAAUCAACAACGACGCGAUUACGUCACCCAAAGAAGUACCCGCGAUUUAGCUGUUUGACGAAUUUGUUUUCUCCUCCUUCCUCAAAUCCAAGUAACUCGUAGUUCUUUCACGAUUAGGUGAACAGAAGACGAAAAAGCGACGGAAAACUGAUUUAUUUAUGUUACUAUUUGUUUGAAUAUUUAAUAAAUAAUCACGAAAA